AUGUGCGGCAUACAUGCUGCCAUUUCUCAGAAUACCACUGAUCCGAUAUCUGUCACAUUGGAGGCGUGUCUGCGCCGUCGAGGCCCCGAUCAUCUUGGUAGUCUGACCAUCAACCUCUCGGACAAUGAUGCGCAGCUGUACGUCGCCUUGACAUCAACGGUCCUGGCGCUUCGAGGCAAUCAUACAACAGCGCAGCCCCUUUUGGACCAGGACUUGGGGUCGGCACUGUGCUGGAAUGGCGAGGCCUGGAGGAUUCACGGCGAGCCUGUGAAUGGCAAUGAUGGCGAGAUUGUCUUGUCGAAACUGGCAGCGGCAAGUUUCCGCGGCCAGGAAGCUGUUCUUGAGACGCUACGCGCAAUUGAAGGGCCGUUUGCUUUUGUGUUUGUGGACAAGCCAAACAGGACUUUGUAUUACGGCCGCGACCGCCUGGGACGACGAUCGCUUCUUGUAAAGCCCGACUCACCAUUCCAGCUUUCCAGUAUAUCGGACGCGUCGUGUGCAGACUGGCUGGAGGUGGAGGCUGAUGGAUUCUACAGUAUCUCACUGACCACCAGUAGUUUUGUUUCCACUGUAAAGCCAGUGCGGCACGACUGGGACAGCAAUGCAGAGCUGAUUUCGGCGCUUGGCACAUUCAAUGCGACCGUACCAGAUGGGCCAAAGGCAUCGGCAGCAAACUCAGAAGCUGUCGGUAGACUCAGGAGACAUCUCUUUCAAUCGCUGCAGUACCGUGUGCAAGGCGUGCCCGUACCUCCUGGAGCAACCGAGCUGCAGGCUCGCGUGGCUGUCCUCUUUUCCGGCGGGCUCGACUGCACUGUGCUAUCCCGCCUUACGAAUGAGCUGCUUCCAAAGGAGCAAGAAAUUGAUCUUUUGAAUGUUGCCUUUGAAAACCCCCGAAUCGCCGCGCAGCAUAAAGGCAUCGAUGUUGAAAAGCUAUAUGAGAUGUGCCCGGACCGCAUAACUGGACGACAAUCAUUCGCAGAACUAGUGAAAUGCUGUCCCGAAAGGAAAUGGAGAUUUGUAGCAGUAAAUGUACCCUAUUCUGACACCAUAUCACAUCGAAACACUGUAGUCGGCUUGAUUUACCCCCACAACACAGAGAUGGACCUUUCGAUAGCCUUUGCGCUGUACUUUGCGGCGCGAAGCCAAGGUCUAGCACAGACCGGCAUCGACACCGAGCCUGUACCGUAUGCCACGACGGCCCGAGUUCUCCUUUCCGGGCUUGGCGCAGACGAACUGUUCGGCGGCUACUCGCGACACGGGAUUGCCUUUCAAAGACAGGGCUACGAAGGAUUGAUCGAAGAACUCAAACUCGACGUCGGACGCCUUGGAAAGAGAAACCUUGGCCGUGAUGACAGAGCCAUGUCGCACUGGGGUCGGGAAGUUCGCUUCCCGUUUCUCGACGAGAGUUUGGUAAAAUGGGCCAUUGAGAUACCAGUGUGGCAGAAAUGCGAUUUUGGAGACGACAAGGGUGGCGAGGGAGAGAUCGAGCCUGCAAAGCGCAUCUUGCGGCUCCUCGCCAGGGACCUUGGGCUACAUGCUGUGGCGUCAGAGAAGAAGAGAGCGAUACAAUUCGGCGCUCGGACGGCCAAGAUGGAAAGUGGCCGAACAAAGGGAACAACGCUCAUCGGUGCUUGA